UAAACCUUUUUGUCGCUAAGUUGACGAAAAACGUGAUCCAGUAUGCUAGAGUUCUCGACUGAGUAAGGUGUUCUAGAGAAUUGACAAUGAAUCUCAACCAAGACCCCAUUCAGUACAUCAAUUUGAAUAACAAUGCUCGAACGGUUUUUCUGGACGUGAAACCAAUUUACAACGAAGAGAAGCGUAAAGUUUCUAAUGGAUUUAACAAUCGCAUUGGAUUUCCGCCAAUCUCUUCGAGGAGAGUGUUCGGUUUGGAAAGUGAAUUUAACACGCGAUCGGAUAUAGUUUACGGCACCACGAAGCCAAUCUACAACGUUCUACGGAUGCUGGGAGUGUUUCCUUUCUCGAGACCUUCACCCGGAGUGACAUUAUUCGCCUGUGCGAGCCCUGCGAUGGCAUAUUGCGGUGUGCUUUUCGUGACGCUUAUGGCUUACGUCAUCUACAUAACCAUCCUCCGGGUCCAUAUUGUCCGCACACUGGAAGGCCGCUUCGAAGAGGCCGUCAUCGCUUAUCUCUUCAUCGUUAACAUCCUGCCGGUUCUGAUCAUUCCGUUGAUGUGGUACGAAACUCGUAAGGUCUCCAGUUUGCUCAAUCAGUGGGUCGACUUCGAGGCGAUCUAUCGUAAAACUGCGGGCAGAGAACUGGAGCUGUCAUUCAGAACCAAAGCUCUACUGAUUGCUAUUUUACUGCCGGUUCUAUCUUGCCUGGCAGUCAUCAUAACCCACGUGACAAUGGUUGAGUUCCAGUUGGUUCAGGUCAUCCCGUAUUGCAUUUUGGACACGCUAACCUACAUGAUGGGAGGUUAUUGGUAUAUGACCUGCGAAACUCUCAGUAUAACUGCUAACAUUCUGGCGGAGGAUUUCCAAAGGGCUUUGAGACACGUUGGACCAGCAGCUAUGGUAUCCGAAUACCGCUCGCUAUGGCUGCGAUUGAGCAAGCUUGCUCGAGAAACGGGAUCAUCCACGUGUUACACCUUCACAUUUCUGUGUCUAUACCUCUUCUUCAUCAUCACUCUUUCGAUCUACGGCCUGAUGUCGCAAAUUUCCGAAGGUUUCGGCAUCAAAGACAUCGGCCUGGCAGUGACCGCCUUCUGCAGCGUUGGGUUACUCUUCUUCAUAUGCGACGAAGCUCACUACGCGUCGUUCAACGUUCGGACCAAAUUCCAGAAGAAGUUGUUGAUGGCAGAGCUCAGUUGGAUGAACUCGGAUGCACAAACCGAAAUCAACAUGUUUUUGAGGGCAACCGAGAUGAAUCCUUCGAGCAUCAACUUGGGCGGGUUUUUCGACGUGAACCGGACGCUGUUCAAAUCGCUUUUGGCAACGAUGGUGACCUAUUUGGUGGUGUUGCUACAGUUCCAAAUCAGCAUACCAGACGACUCUAGCAUGUUAGUGAUGCAUAAUAUGACGGGUUCAUAUCGCGAGUAGAUCAAUAUCCUGAUGAUUGAGAAAAGGAACUUCUCUCGAAGUAAUAAAUGUUUCAUUAGUGUUGCUUAUUAUUAACUUU